ACUAUAAUCAACAAUGUCACGGAAAGCAUGGAGCGCUUUGGAACCUCCACUAUCAGAUCCUGUGCUGGAGGUCCUGCAAGGGUUUGGAUUUAAGCUGAUGACACCUGUACAAACAGCGACCAUUCCAUUGCUGGUGGGGCGUAAGGAUGUCUCCGCUGAGGCUGUUACUGGCAGUGGAAAAACAUUGGCGUUCUUGGUGCCACUUCUAGAGAUGCUCCAGAGACGACAUAAGGAGACGCCAUGGGGUCCUAAGGAAAUAGGUGCGCUGAUUAUUUCGCCCACACGUGAAUUGGCACGCCAAAUUUCGGAUGUGCUUGCACAAUUCCUGGAACACGAGGAGCUGGAGCAUCUGAAUCAGCAGCUCAUUGUGGGCGGUAACAGUAUAGAGGAGGACAUCAUCACAAUGAAGAAACAGUCGCCAAGCAUAUUGGUAUGUACUCCUGGACGCCUGGAGGAUCUGUUUCAACGUAAGGGAGACGAUUUGAAUUUGGCUUCGCGCGUCAAAAGUCUGGAGUUUCUUGUACUCGAUGAGGCGGAUCGUCUGCUGGACAUGGGCUUCAAGGCCAGCGUUAGUAACAUUCUUGCCUAUCUGCCAAGACAGCGACGUACUGGACUCUUCUCAGCCACACAGACCACUGAGGUAACGGAUCUGAUACGUGCAGGUCUACGCAAUCCCGUGCUGGUGUCUGUCAAGGAGAAGGCUUCCGUGAAUACGCCUGCACGUUUACAAAACUUUUACAGAAUCGUUGAGCCAGAGCGCAAGUUUCUAUCGCUAUUGCAGUUCUUGCGUUCACCUACCACUGGAGGCGCCAAGGUUAUGGUUUUCUUUCCCACCUGCGCCUGUGUUGAAUACUGGGCGGAAACGCUGCCACCAUUGCUGCCAGAACGCAGCGUGUUGGGAAUACAUGGCAAGAUGAAAACUAAACGCGCUAACAUUGUGGAGCGUUUUCGUAAAGAAUCCCAGGCUGUGCUGCUCUGUACAGAUGUUCUUGCUCGUGGACUGGAUGUACCUGAGAUUGAGUGGGUAGUGCAGUGGGAUCCGCCCUCAAAUGCAUCUAGCUUUGUGCAUCGUGUUGGACGCACUGCGCGUCAGGGCAACGAAGGUAAUGCCUUAGUGUUCUUAUUACCCAGCGAGGACGCCUAUGUUAAGUUUCUAAAGAUAAACCAGAAAGUAGAGCUGAGUGAACUCGAAGAAACCUGCUUUGAAAUAUCAGAGGAUCAGCUGAACUCCACUGUGGCACAAUUGCAUCAAGUUCAAGCGGCCGAUAAGGCUAUCUACGACAAGGGCAUGCGCGCUUUUGUUUCCCACGUGCGUGCGUACACCAAGCACGAAUGCAACGCUAUUUUAAGGCUCAAGGAUCUGGAUCUGGGCAAGAUGGCUACUGCUUAUGGAUUGCUGCAGCUGCCACGUAUGCCAGAGUUUAAGAACUACCAAGGCAGCGGCUUCAUAGCGCCUUCGUUUGAGUUCGAUCUAAACAAGGUUGCCUAUAAGAAUGUUCAAAAGGAGCAGGUGCGCAAGCAAAAACUGCAAACCUACGAGGAGACGGGUAAAUGGCCCGGCAAACAAAAGCUGCACAUGAAACGCACAGAGUCCUGGGACCAAACGAAAAAAGCCAAAUUGGAUACAAAGACCAAAAAGGAGCUGCGUAAAGCAAAAAAGGAACGCAAACGUCAAGCGGAAGCGGGCGGCACAAAACGAAAGCAUAAACAGAAAUACACACAAGAGGAUCUGGAUGAGCUAGCCAGCGACAUCAGACUUUUUAAACGCCUCAAGAAAAACAAGAUUAGUGAGGAGGACUUUGACAAGGCUAUGGGUAUUGAUAAUGACAACGAUUGAGUUUAGUGUGAUAGAUGCUUGUACAAAUAUAGUUAUAUUUGGUAUACU